UAAGGAAAAUUCCGCGCAGUAUCAUACGUUCUCCCGCUUUCGAGCGGAGGAGCUAAAUGUGGGCGGGUCUAAAAGUUUAACCCAUGGUUUUAUCCUCUCGGGCGCCAUCUGGUGGCGGAGAUCCGGCAGCACAUUCUCAAACAUCAAUACAGCACAGCACAGCACAAUGACUUACCGGUAAUAUGGAAAAGGGUUCAUGCAUUUGAUAGACUUAGACAUUCCUACUUUUAACUUGUCAUUUCAAAUGUCUUUUUUAGUAUAGACACAUAUUAUUUCGUACACUCGCACACAAUUAUAUUAGCUAAGUCAAAUAAACCAAAGACAGAAGCGGGAGAACGUAUUUCCGUCUGGUCCAUGAUACUGCGCGGAAUUUUCCUUAAAUGUGGGCUGGCUUAAACGUUUAAGCCCGCCCACAUUUAGCUCCUCCGCUCGAAAGCGGGAGAACGUAUGAUACUGCGCGGAAUUUUCCUUAAAUGUGGGCGGAGUUAAACGUUUAAGCCCGCCCACAUUUAGCUCCUCCUCGAUCUGCGAGCUGCAGUCAGGGGUUACUCGCCGGAGCCACGCUGCCUGCUGCCGAGGUACCACCCCCUCGGAUAUCCAUCCCUCAGUGCUCCCACAGCGGGCAGCGGGCGGUGGGUGGUGCCUCGGUACCUGACCACGAUUGCUCCGGCUGUGAGGUAUGCUCUCCACACAGAGGUGGUCAGAGCAGGGUUUGGCGCUUCUACAGCUUUUGCUAGUGGCGUCUUUCUCCAAGUCUGAGGAGCGAGUGUGCAGCCUGAUGGGGGAGCCAGAGGAGCCCCAGCUCUUCAAGACUGGAGACAUCAUCUUCGGUGGAAUCUUCUCCUUCCACAGCAGCUGGACGAACAUGAAGUCUACCUACGUGCACAGACCACUACCACUGCAGUGCACAAGUCUGAAUUUCAGAGCGUUCCAGUUUGCCCAGUCAAUGCUGUUUGCCAUUGAGGAGAUAAACAACAGCACAGAGAUUCUGCCUGGCAUUACACUAGGCUAUAAGAUGUAUGAUGUAUGUGGUUCGAUUGCACGGGCAGUUAGAGUCGCCCUGUCUUUGAUAAAUGGCAAUGAGGAAACGGCCUCCAUGUCUGAGAGACCUUGCAGUGGAUCUGUCCCUGCCAUUAUAGGAGUGACCUCGUCAUCUCCUUGCAUGGCAAUAUCCACCGUCAUCGGACCUUUUCACACUCCAUUGGUCAGCCACUUUGCCACAUGUGCUUGUCUUAGCGACAAAAUCAAGUAUCCAUCCUUCCUCAGAACCAUACCCAGUGACUACUACCAGAGUAGAGCCCUAGCCCAAAUGGUGAAGCACUUUGGAUGGACCUGGGUAGGGGCUAUUAGAUCAAACGAUGACUAUGGGAACAAUGGAAUGGCCAUAUUCAAAGACACAGCAACACAGCUCGGCAUCUGUCUUGAGUACUCAUUGCCUUUUGUCCGGACAGAUCCACCAGAACAAAAGCAGAAGAUUAUAGAGACUAUUAAGGGUUCUACUUCCAAAGUUAUUAUUGCGUUCCUCAAUCAUAUGGAUAUGGAAGUACUAAUAGAGGAGUUUGCCCACCACAACCUCACAGGGCACCAAUGGGUAGGCACUGAGGGAUGGAUAUCAGAUUCUCAAAUUGCUAUUGCGAAGGGCAACUACAUCCUUGAAGGCUCUAUUGGCCUGGCCAUCCGAAAGGCCCAUGUCACUGGUCUGAGGGAGUUCAUGUUGGAUGUGAAGCCACUCAACUCUUCUGGAAAUAAAUUGUUCACAGAGUUCUGGGAGACAGCCUUUGGAUGUAUAUUUAAUAAUAUAAAGCCAGCGGGAGAAAACAGGGAACACUGUACUGGUCAUGAAGAUCUCAGAGGGAUAAAAAACAGCUUCAAUGACAUGUCACUUAUGCCUAUCUUUAACAAUGUAUAUAAAGCAGUGUAUGCAGUUGCACACACUCUUCAUAAUAUUCUUGGCUGUGAAGAAAUGUGCAGCAACACUAUAGCAUCAGAUCAGCAAGUGAUUUUGAAGCGUUUGAAAGAGAUAAUGUUUAAAACCAAAGAGGGAGAGGAGGUUUACUUUAAUGAGUAUGGAGACCCAGCUGCAAAGUAUGACAUCAUAAACUGGCAGCCCAAGAAGGAUGGCAGUGUGGAGUUUGUAACUAUCGGCCUCUAUGAUGCGUCUAAACCUGAAGAAAAACAAUUAAAUCUAGACAACCUAACCUUUACUUGGGCAAAUAACUCAAAACAGGUACCUAUUUCAGUCUGUAGUGGGACAUGUGCUUUGGGAACUCGCAAGGUCCUCCAGAAAGGAAAGCCUGUCUGCUGCUAUGACUGUAUACCGUGUGCAGAAGGCGAAGUCAGUAACAUGACAGAUUCUAUCACUUGUGUGCGAUGUCAUCCUGAGUUCUGGUCCAAUGAGGGAAGAGAUGAAUGUGAGAAAAAGGAAACUGAGUUUUUGUCAUAUACCGAAAUCAUGGGGACAAUUCUCACAGUGUCUUCCUUGUUAGGAGCCUGCUUGACUGCUACAGUGGCAUUCAUUUUCUUCAGACAUAGGAAUACUCCAAUAGUCAAGGCCAACAACUCUGAGCUGAGCUUCCUGCUGCUCUUCUCCUUGACUCUUUGUUUCCUCUGUUCUCUGACCUUCAUCGGCCGUCCCUCAGACUGGUCCUGUAUGCUUCGCCACACAGCGUUUGGGAUCACCUUUGUCCUCUGUAUCUCUUGUGUUCUGGGGAAAACUCUUGCCGUGUUGAUGGCCUUUAAGGCUACACUACCUGGUAGUAAUCUAAUGAAAUGGUUUGGACCACGUCGACAAAGAAUCGUUGUUUUAGCUUUUACUUUUAUACAAAUUGUGAUUUGUAUAGUUUGGCUAACCUCCAACCCUCCUCAUCCGUUCAAGAAUUUAAGGCAUUUUAAAGAUAGGAUAAUUCUAGAAUGUGCAUUAGGAUCCCCUAUAGGGUUCUGGGCUGUGUUGGGGUACAUAGGACUCUUAGCUUUAUUAUGUUUCAUGCUGGCUUUUCUGGCCAGAAAGCUGCCAGAUAACUUCAAUGAGGCCAAAUUCAUCACCUUCAGUAUGUUGAUAUUCUGUGCAGUCUGGCUCACCUUCAUCCCUGCUUAUGUCAGUUCUCCUGGGAAGUUCAGUGUUGCCGUCGAAAUAUUUGCUAUCCUGGCCUCUAGUUUUGGGUUACUAUUUUGUAUUUUUAUUCCAAAGUGCUACAUAAUAUUGUUGAAACCAGAACGAAACACAAAAAAGAAUAUGAUGGAUAAAAAGAGUUAG